CUCGGCCGCAGGCCCAGUUAACCGGCUGCGUGGGUCCCGGGCGCCAUGGCUUCUGUGGGGGUGUCUGUCGGCCGGCAGGCCGAGGAUGCGCUGCAGCCACCUGCAGAGCCGCCGCUGCCUGAGACGAAGCCGCUGCCGCCUCCGCAGCCGCCGCCGCCGGUCUCCGCGCCGCAGCCGCAACCGCCGCCGAGGCCUCCGUCCCCGGCCGGCGUGAAGGCGGAGGAGAACUGCUCCUUCCUCCCUCUGGUUCACAACAUCAUCAAAUGCAUGGACAAGGACAGCCCUGAUGUCCACCAGGACCUGAACGCCCUCAAGACCAAGUUCCAGGAGAUGCGCAAGGUGGUCAGCGCCAUGCCUGGCAUCCACCUGAGCCCCGAGCGGCAGCGGCAGCAGCUGCACCGCCUCCGCGAGCAGGUCCGGACCAAGAACGAGCUCCUGCAGAAGUACAAGAGCCUGUGCAUGUUCGAGAUCCCCAAGGAGUAGAUGAGCUGGC